ACGGGCACGUACUCUCUGUUCUGCAGCUGAGACCUCAGAACGAGAGCUUCGAAAGUAAAACUACUGACAGUCCAAUUAACAGUUCAUCAGAAUACAGCUACAUAAUUAUUAUAGCAAGUAACUGUUUUUAAUUGCACAUAGCAUAGCGCUUUAGACAGAAUGGUGAAAAUAGCCUUCAGUUCUGGUCUGGCACAGAAAGCACCCGGUAAAGAUGGCGAGGUGCUUGUCACGGAGAAGGACCCUGAGACAGCCUCAGUGCACAGCCAUGAGAGCUCCACAGGUCGUUGCCUUAUCACUCUGCUAGGCCUCGCCUUCAUUCUGACUGGGCUCAUCAUUGGGAGCGCCUGUGUCUACAGGUUCUUCGCACCAAAGAAGUUGUACCAUGGAGGCAUGCACUUUACUGACACGGACGGUGAUAUGAUACCCAUGGACAUGGAGAGCCGUGAGCCCUACUACCUACCCCGCAUUGAUGAGGAGGUGGAGAUCUGUGAGACCAUAGCUAUCAUCAGCGUGCCUGAGCCCAGCUUUGGCAACGGAGGCCUUGUCCAAAUUCUGCAUGACUUUGACAGUAAAAUGACAACAUACCUGGACCUGACCCUGAAUACCUGCUUUGUGAUUCCACUCAACACCUCAGUGGUCAUGUCACCCCAGGACCUACAGGAUCUUUUUGAGCAGCUGUUGUCCGGCCCAUACACAACCUACCUGGUGCACGAGGAGCUGGUGGUGUCAGAGCGCAUUGAUGACGUAGCGGAAUUGGGCUUCAGCGUUUUCAGCUUAUGUGAUGGGAAGGACACCUACAGGAUGCAGCGCCGUACUGAGAUCAUAGGCCUACAGAAGCGCUCUGUGCAGGACUGCUUCACCAUCCGCCACUUUGAGAACAAGUUUGUGACAGAGACGAAGAUCUGCAAGGCUUGAGGCAGGUGCACAGGUCUUUGCCAGGGGGAUGUUUUCUAGUCAUGGGGGGUAUUCUUUGUGUAUUCUUCAAAGUCCUGCUGCACUGAAAGCAAAGGUUUGUGUGCACAUAACACAAGAGGUUAUUUUAGUCUUGCACUCAUUAUCCUCAGCUUGGACUAAGCUGCCUUUAAAAUUAAAGGUGAAUACUAGUCCUAAAACAAUUUCCAAAUCGCUGGAUAAUAGAUUUUUACUUGUUUUUUUUUCCCACAACUUUCCAUGUACUAAUAUGUCCUGAGUUCUGACAUCUCAGAUGAGCGAUUUAGAUGCCCUGCAACAGCAACGACACAUCAAUGCACAGAUCAUGCUUGCACUAUAUGCACACUGUUAUUACAUUAUGCUUUGAAUUCGCACUGACUUAAGAACCACACUUUAUAUGUAUUAUUAGAUCUGCAUGAAGUCUGUCUUUUCCUGUAAUACCUUAUUCUGCUCAUAUAUUCAUAAAAGUUAAUUAAUGUGAAGUAGUGAUAAAGAUACUGGGCAAUAAAUGAGUAAAAUUUUAUUUUUUUUGAGAAAAGUAUUUGAGAAAAAUGGUAAUUUUAAUUUUAUUACAGUUGUUGAAAGUGUUAUGCAUUUCCCCACCGCUUCUCUCUUAGUAUUACUGGCAUCCUCAAAUAUACAUCAGUCCUCAUAAAUUCCCCUAAAUCUGUUCAUGACCUUGUGCCUUUUAGAGGCUCAUUAGGCAGCUGCUCCUUUUGAACAUAUAUUAUAAUGUUAUGUUAGCCAAACCAUUUGAUCUUUCAAUGUGCAACUGCUGUUUUUUCACCUUAACUUGAAGUCUUGUUUCUGCUGUGGACUUCAACAGCUGUACUGCAAAGCCAUUUUGUGUGGGUUUCAUUUCCUGAUGAUUGUAUUUACCUGGAAUCUGACGUAACAGAAUUUAUGUUUUAAAAUUAGGAAACAACACAGGCAAGCUUGUGAGAAUAUUUAUAGGUGUAUGUCAGUUUUUAAUUUAUCACUGUUCCCAACACUGAUGUCACUGAUGGAGUUAUUUCAGAGUUGAAGAGCCCCAUCCUUAUCUUAGAGGGCCAUAGAUGUGUAUAUCAGAAACAGUGUGCAGUACACAGUUGAACAGUGGGUGCUGGUUCACACUUGAAGUGUGAAACAUGAGGCUAUUCUGCAAAACUUCUCUUUACUUAGUGACUGCACUCAACCCUUUCAUUCUGGAUUGGUUGAGAAGUAGAUACUGUAUUAUUGCUUUCAUCUGUGCUUUACUUAAAAAGACAUUGAAUAAAUUGCAGUGGAGAUUUCAAAUGUGACUAGGUAGGAAGUCAAUAGUGAGAUGAAAAAUGAAAGAACCACACAAUGUACAGACACAUAAAUAUUAUUCAGAUGUAAACAUAGGCGUAUCUCAUUCUGAGUUAACAGUGAAUAAUCCUAAGCAUGUGUGUUAAUAUUCCAUACUAGUAUUCUCUUGACAGGUACUGGCCAAUAUGAUUACUCAAUGUAAAGGACACUGGUUAUAACAUUUCAUAUGACUAUGUUACAUCAUCAGAAGUUCUGUAAGCCUACAUUAAUAUAGUAUAUAUUGUAUCAGGAAUAAAGCUUUGUUGCAAAGGAACCAUAGUGAAUAUUCCUGACUGGAGAAUCCUCCUUGGCAUAGAUAUGUUUUUUCCCAAGGUGCUGACCCUGGGUCAGUUUCAGUGUUUUUCACAAAGAGGCUGGGGUUAGGAGUAAGAGUGAUUAUUUAUGUUGGUUUUCCUCAAACUCUGUUUGAGAUCCUCCAAUGCACCAGCCCAGCUCAUCUCCUUACAACUGCUCCAUCCUACUAGUAUGCGCAAAAAGAGGAAUGUAUGUAUAUGUAUAUGUAUUUUGUAUUAGAUGGAGUGUUAGUUGAUUUAUCAAGAGCUUUUGAUACAGUAGAUCAUUCAGUAUUACAAGAUACAUUACAAUGGAAUUACAUGACAAGGAACUUCAGUGAUCUGGAAGUUAUUUAUCACAUAGGAAACAAUUUAUCACAUGGAACAGUACUAAUACUGAUCACAUGAAUAUAGAAUGUGAUGUCCUGCAAACUUCAGUAGUUGGGCAGUUAUUGCUUUUAAUUUACAUCAUUAGCCUGUAUUUAGUGUCUGAAAAUGUGUUUUAUUUGCUGAUGGCAGUGCUGAUGAUAUCUUCUUAUUUGAUAAGGGUAGACACUAUCUUCUAUGAAUGUUGUUUUAGAUAAACCUUAUCUUUGGUUAAAAUGAGUAAGUUAUCUCUUAAUGUUAAAGGUCUUAUAUAAUAUUCAGACCAAGAAACAAAAGCAGAAUUAAUCUUGAAGACCCUAUUUUCAUAGCCAGUACUGCUUUGGACCACUUCUGCACAAAACGCAUUGGUGUGAAUAUUGAUGCUUUGUAGCUAACAACAUACCAAAAAUAUUGGCAUGAUUAAAAGAAUCAGACAUGCUCUGUCAAGGAAUAUUUUACUGAAUCUGUAUUACACCAUGGUUUGUCCUUUUAUUUCAUAUGGUAAUAGUUUGGGCUAUUAUGUAUAAAACCAAUCUCAAAUGUAUGAGGAAGGAUUUUUUUUCUUCUUCAAAAAACAUAUUUUUAAAUGAACCUUGUGAAAAUU